CUGCCCCCCCCGCUUGGUACUUCGUGAUCCACCACGCUGCAUGCAGCGAUGGCAGGAGGCGGCUCUGCGCGAAACUGCCUCAGCCCCUUGUUCCAGCUUAGCCACCGUCCAUUUCGCUGCAACAGAGGUUUGCUCUUGGCCUUCAGCACUGCUGCACAGCAAAGGAGCACAGGGGAUGACUGUGGACCAGAAGAGCCCCCUGAUGAACCUAGGCAUCUCCUGAAUGAGAACAGUUCGGAGCACAAAGCUACCAAAUUGGAAGAACAAGUCCGUGUCUUAACAGAAAGAUACCAGAGGGCCCAGACAGAUUCUGAAAAUGUCAGGCGGAGGACCCAAAAAUUUGUAGAAGAUGCUAAGCUGUUUGGGAUUCAGAGUUUCUGUAGAGACUUGGUAGAGGUAGCAGAUAUCCUGGAGAAGACCACUGAGACUGCUGUAGGAGAAGAACAGUAUGACCCGACUUUGACUCUGAAGAGGAUCUGUGAAGGCCUUUCACUCAUAGAGUCCAAACUACAAAGUAUAUUUGCUAAGCAUGGCCUGCAAAAAAUGAACCCCAUUGGUAGCAAAUACAACCCUUAUGAUCAUGAAACAGUAUGUCAUGUGCCAGCAGAGAACAUGCAGCCAGGCACUGUGGCAUUAGUGACUCUGGAUGGCUAUAAACUCCAUGGCCGCACUAUCAGACAUGCACAUGUAGGUGUAGCAGUAGAAUCACAGGAAUAUGAUGAGCAUGCCCAUUAGAACUUUAAUGAACUGAUUUAUCUGACCACAUUAUUGCUGCUACAGCAUGUCUUAUCUUUUUAUUUAUUAAGACGACUUAGCAUUAUGUUGUGGCCUCUCAGGAGUACAGUUGUCUGGCCUUGACUUCCCAGAUAUACAGUUAUUUAAUGUUGCUUUUUCUGUGUUAUAAAUAUUUCCAGCUGUGAAUAGCUGUAUGACAUUUUCUGUUGGUUUCAGGUCUUCAUUAAAUAUUGAAAUGGGUUGGAGGAGGGAAUUUAUUCCAGGGAGUAAUCUGGAGGCUAGAAAUGGCUGUGUCUGAAUGAAUGCUGCUUUUCCUAAAGCUUUGGACAAGCUGCUUUAACCUCUGCUUUACUCUACUUGAUGUGGGAUUAUGAUACUUGCCCACCUCACAUGAAUGCUUUGAUUCUUUAACAGUUACUUAUGCUUUGAUUAUUUAACACUUUGAAGAUGAAAGUCUCUUUGAGUGCUGAGUAAUAUCAUAUGCAGCAGAACAGGGGGGAAAUACUGGAAGAGCACAAAAGGGGGAAAAUUAUUUUGGGUGACCGUGAGCUUUGUCCCACUGAUUUCUGAAAGAGGACAGUAUGUUAACAAUCCCAGUUAAGUUUUUUCUUGCCUAUGCCAAUUCUAUCUCAACAGACAGGAGAGAGCCAAUGAAUAUUUAUUAUUGCUCUAUGUAUAUUGAGCAAUAAUAAAUAAAAAGCUGUCUGAAUAUGUGAAAAGUGGCUUUCCUUCAAGUAACCACCGGCGAGUAGCAAAGGGAGCAGGUGGAGGCAGAGUUAGCUACUUGUCAGGAGGACUUUACUGUUCUCAUACUCCUUUUGCCGUUGCCUGUCAUAAGUUCAUUAUCAAUAUGGUUGAAGCUGGCAGGAACAGACUCGGGAGAGAGAAAAAAAAGCAGCUGGAGAACAUGUGCUUUUUAUCCAGGUUUAAUUUCAAGCAUCUCAAAGGAUCUCUUGGAUAGCAGGGUUGGGAAGGACCUCUUCCUGAGAUCUUGCCUCUGUCACUCACAGUAGACAAUACUGGGCUAGAUGGUCUAUUUAGUCAACUAUUGGACCACUGUCCAUCUGUAGGAAAGCUUCCUAAACUCUUUGGUGAAAAUCUAGGCCUGUUGGCUCCGCAAAUUUUUGCCAUGGCUUCUAAGCACAAUUUGAUAUGUGGAUCAGUCCUGGAAGAAUCCUGGCUCCAAAUGGAAAGUACAGUCUUCCAUUUUACUUGAACUGUCAAGUAAUCGAUUUGCAAAUAAUAUUAUGAAAUCUCCUGAUUCCGAGAAUACAUGAUUAGAUAACAAACCUGCUUUUUUCCAUUUAGUAUUUUUAAAAAAGAUGAAAUACCUGAAUAAGCAUCUGAAGUGUUAUUGAACUGUCUGCAAAAUAGUGUGUCCAUAGAGAAUGGGAGCUGACUUCAUUUAGCUACAGAAACUGAUACUAUUGAGAUGAAAGAAAAGUGAAUGUUUGGCUCCGAAAAGUGAAUGUCGGUUUCUGUGUAGUAUGCAAGCUAAAAAUAUAUGGUCUUCUUAUUUCAAUUCUAUACAGUAUAUAGAUGGAAAUAAAGAUAUCCUGUGAGAUAUCCAUUUGAUAUCCAGCUCCAUUUGAUAUCUUAGCUCCAUUUGAGAGACAAUGAAAAAGACCCAAACUGUUCUUUGUCUCAUUUGAAGACCAGGUGAAACUACAAUGAAAUGAUUCUCAUUGGGGACAGGUUAAUCUCAGACUAAUGGAAGUCACUUUUUCUUUUCCAAACUAAAUUUGACAUGGCAAAAUGAGCAGGUUGACUGGUUAGGCUGAUUAGAUUCUCACCUGGCUAACUAGAUUCUGUCUUCUGACGGUUGUUGACUUCCAUGCUGCUCGAGUUAGUUAUCAACCGCCCUGAGCCAUUUUUGGAAGGGCGGUAUAGAAAUUGAAUAAAUAAUAAUAAUAAUAAUUAUUAUUAUUAUUAUUAUCAUCAUCAUCAUUAUUUAUGAUGUUCCAGAGGCAUUUCUUUUUGACUUCCUGAAACUACAGGAAUGAAAAUUCCAUCCCCGUUGGUAUUUCUCCCCAGUCACUUUACUGGGCACUUAAUUGACGUUAAUUGACAUGUUGCUAUUAAUAUAGAGUGUGCUGGGAGGAACUGGAGCUUCAUAUGAUUGCUUAAGAAAUUUCUCAAGCAGGUGUACUAAAAUCAAAUUCAUGUCCAACAUAUGUCUGCAGCACCAAAUGGGAAUGAAUUCUCCUCAUAGCAGUAUAAGAGGUCUAGUGAAACACUUUAAUAGUUUAAUUUAAAAUAUGUUUAAGAUUGGGGUAUUCUUGUUAGCAAGCACAAAGUGUUUUGAUAUCCCCUUUGCCAAGCAAAUUAGCAAAGUAUUGCUGCACUUCAGUGCAAUAUACAUUUACUCAGAAGUAACUCCCACAUUCAAUAGACUUUACUCCCUGGUAGGUGUGCAUAUGAAACGUUAGUCUUCCAAAGUUGGAUUGCUCGAGAAGGCAGUUGGCAUUUGCAUGUCUCGUAUAAAUCCAUACACUUGAAAUGCUGCUCUUAUUAGCCCAAAGUUUCUUGCUUGAUGGGAGUGAGAGAGGGAACCCGUGUUGUAUAGACAUAACAUUGUCAAAGCUCCCUGUGCUACGUUCUUCCAAAUAAGCCUGUCUGCGGAAACAUGUUUGCUGUGGAUGCCUUAUGAAUAGGAUGCCUUUAUGUCCAGUGAGGGGCUUGGGAUGGUGACUUAUUUAUUGCCAUUUUGAAAUAGGCAGCAGUCUGGGGAGGAAGGGGGUUUAAGUUACAUGGGUGCUUUGAUAGAGUCAAUAUGUGCUUUUAUAUCUUUGCACAAACAAAUCAUGAAGUGUAUAUUCUGCUGGCUCAGUGAUAGUGGCCACUAUCCAAUAUUUAAUUUUCUAAAGUACUAAAUAAAACGGAAUUGCAGUGCCGGGACCACCCUGUGGUUGAAUGCUUUCAGCUUGCACCAUUCCCCCCACCCCCAGCCCAUAAAAUCUUAUGCCACAAUACAUGUGUUUAAAUCAUCAAAAGGAUUCUUUGUUGUGCUAAAACAGAUUGAAUUUCUUUUCACAAUCAGUGAGAAGAGCUUCUUCCGGGUCUGCGGGGAAAGCGGGCUUUGCUAUGUAUUUUUCUAUGGAAACUGCUUUGAGAACUUUUGUUGAAAGGGUAUGUAAAUAUUCAUUGUAGUGUGGAGCUUUAAACAUAUGAAGGAAUCAACUGAGGCUGCAUAAAAUAAAACCAAAAAAGGUAAAGUAUUCAUUUAAAGAUACUUGGUAAGAUGUAUUAGGUAUUUUACAGAAUAAAGCAGGUUUGUAUAUCG